CGAAAACUCUGCAGGACAUGUGUCCAAAUAGCCGGUAUGCGGACUUUUGACGAGUCUUGACUGGAUAUGACUUCACUGGUCGUUGUCUUGGAUUUAGCAGAAUCUUGAAUGAGCAGGAAGAGGAAAAGGAAAAGCUGAAGCAUUUGAUUUACUUAACUUUUUAACCUACCUUAAAUGACCUGCAUGUGGAUGACUUUGCCACAGAUACAUGUCAGGACCAAUCAGUGCUAGUGCACACAGGCACACACAUGGCCUUGUAAGCUGUGACUGUGAACUGUACUAUCAAGGAAAUUCCUCAGUCCUCCAGGGUCAAGUCAGUGUUCCCUAUCAGGCGGUUUGUACAGCUGCAUAAGCUUCUGUUUCCACAACACACACACACGUACACACACAUACACACACAGCACACUCUGUAUGGAUGUGCUUUCUUAGUCACUGAAGAGGUCAUUGGACCCUCAAGUUAUUAUUUGCUCCAGAAAAAGCCCAAGAAAGCACGUUGAAGCUGGAAAAGAGGCUCAGGACCUUUGUGCAGCAUGACCUGAUGUGGACCUUUCUGAUUAUCUAAAGCUGCAGCAAAAACAAGGGACCAAGCUGGACUAAUCAGGGAGACCAUGGCUACUGAAAAAAAUCUGACACAGGUUGGGUCUGUAGUCUUGGCUCAGCGUUCUUCACCUCCAUCUACUCGCAGCAGGUCCGGCAGAGAAGCCAGACUCUCAAAUGACAGCCAUGAAGUACGCCCAUACUCUGACCAGUUGUGGCAGUCAAAACAGCAAAGUAGCCCUUCUCUCCUCUUGUAUAGAAAGUUGUCGUACAACAGGGGGGAAGGCACAAUUUUGGACGGGGAAUAUGAGGAUUACAGCUCAAAACUCCUGAGCACGGAAGAAACAUUUUACCAAGAGCGGCGGUCCGCUGGCAAAAUAAUUGAAGGAAUAACUAACACAGUUACUGCGAUACCUGGGAAAAGUUCAGAAGCAUCUCCGUGCCAGCUGGACAUCCCCGUUGAGGGUGUGGAUGCAGGCAGAAACAGAACUGGCAGCACCGACUGCUCCUGUGCCACUAGCCCUUACACAAAUUCAAACAUGAACUGUUGCCACAGCCCCAGAUCCAGUCCAAGCCCCAGAUCCAGCCCUGUUAACAGUCCUCACUUCAGCAUGAGCCCCUCUCAGCCAAACCACCGCCACAUCCGCCGCAGCAGCAUGCCUGUGUCCAUGCUGGCUUUCUACAAGACGUCCCCCUACUUCUCAUCCCAGUGCUGUCCCUCCAGUGAACCGAGCUCUUCGGUGUCAUCUCCCAAUAGCUCUCCUGUUUCCAACCACAGGCAACAUCACCAGAACGGUCACGUGCCCCGGCACCACCUCAAAGAUGGCUACUCAAGUUUAGAGAGGCUCAACAGAAGGCCCCGGGUUAACAAAUCCUCCUUGGAGAAGCUGUUCUUACGUCGGGCAUCUCUGGAAACCGUGACAGCAACCCUGAGACACGAUGAGAGGUUGUCCUCUGAAGUGACGAGGAUCUGUAGCGGGGGCAGCAGCAGCGAUGAGGAAGAUGGUUUCUUGGACAAUGCAGAGUUUGUUAGGAACCGUAAAGAGCGCUCCACUGUCCUGGUCAGACGGUUCUACAAGAAUAAUCAGAAGGUGACCAAGUCAGUGUGUACUGGAACCAGAGCGAUUGUCAGGACUCUGCCGUCAGGACACAUCUCAGAGGAGGCCUGGGAGAAGGUUGUUUGUCAUAGGACAUGGCGACCUAGUAGGAAUGAUAUGCGGCCGAUCUUAACUCGUGGUGCAAGAGAAGACUUCAGAGUGUGCAGAGGGGUGCUUCGCUUUGUCGGGGUUAACCUGCAGCAGGUUACCAGCUAUGUGCAGAACAAAGAGGAACUUGACCUGAUUCAUCCUGCCAAAAAGCUCCUGCUGUCUUGGCCUGGAUGUGUCUGCCUCAGGGAUUCUCACUGGCCAUUACACAGCGUCAGUGCCAGCCCACCCAGACUGGAUCUGAACCCCUCCAUCAACCCCCGGUGUUGUCAUCCUUCUUAUCCACCUAGGUUUUAUCGCACUUGCGGCCAACGAACAGUUUGUUCCCUGCUGACCGGAGCUCUGCUAGAGGCCACAGCCGCUCUCGGUGCCCGUUCAGCCAUACCCUUCCUGUUUCCCCAGAGCCCCAACGGCCACGCUGUGCUGAAAGAGCGUCAGCUGGCCAACAGCAUGACCAGCAGCAGCUCUCUUCCUCCCAGUGUCAGUGGGAUCAGUAAGGAGCUGGCAGAGCUGCGGCACCUUGUUCAAUUCCCUGAGGAGAUUGCCUGUAUCCUCACCGAGCAAGAGCAGCAGCUCUACCAACGGGUCUUUCCCUUGGACUACCUCUGUUUCCUCACUCGAGACUUGGGCAGUCCUGAGUGUCAAACCAAACGCCAUCCAAACCUUAAGGCCUCACUGUCAGCGCCCAACAUGCCUACCCAGAGUGCUCAGCGAAGUAACGCUGUGGAGGACCUGGUGGCACGGUUCAACGAGGUGAGUUCAUGGGUGACAUGGCUGGUCUUAACAGCAGGAUCCAUGGAGGAGAAGAGAGAAGUUUUCUCCUAUUUGGUCCACGUUGCUAAAUGCUGUUGGAACAUGGGAAACUACAACGGUGUCAUGGAGUUUCUGGCUGGACUAAGGUCUCGCAAGGUCCUAAAGAUGUGGCAGUUUAUGGACCAGUCAGACAUCGAGACCAUGAGAAGCCUAAAGGAUGCCAUGGCUCAGCAUGAGUCUUCUUCUGAGUACAAGAAGGUUGUCACCAGAGCUCUAAAUAUCCCAGGAUGCAAGGUGGUGCCAUUCUGUGGGGUUUUUCUGAAGGAGCUGAGUGAUGCGUUGGAUGGGACAGCAAGCAUCAUUAGCCUUAAACCACCUCUUGAUAACACAGAGGACUCAAUAGAGUUUGUUUCUGACUACAGCGGCCAGCACAACUUUAUGUCACGGUCUGGUCCAGAUGGUCUACAUGUUCCAGAGAAAGAAGCCACUGUCAGCAACAUCCUCCAGAUUAUCAGAUCUUGUAAUCGUAGUUUGGAGGCAGAGGAUCCUGAUGAUGCCUCCACCAGUCCCUCUUCUACUGGUCCAUCCCCAGGGUCCAGAAAUAACUCCUUCAGGGACCGCUGCCGCAAUCAGUUCACGGUUGGGGACCUGUCCGAUUCAGAAGGUGACCUGUCGUCUGAGCCAGUAGUGAAGGAGAUGGAGUUCCAGGGGACCGAGGAGACUCACAGAGCUUUCAGCCAUGGUACUGAGCUCAUUCCCUGGUACGUGUUGUCACUACAACCAGAUGUUCACCAGUUUCUGCUGCAGGGAGCCACAGUCAUCCACUAUGACCAGGAUAGCCACCUCACAGCUCGCUGUCUGCUGCGACUACAGCCUGACAACACAACACUCACCUGGGGUAAGCCUCAGAACGGAGGUUCUUCCCUCACAGAGCAACCGCUGGGAUUGGGACAGACUGUGGUGGCAGGACUAGCAGAAGGCCUGCUUGACCUCGGAGUGGUGAAGGCAGUGUUCCUGGGUCACCAGGGAGUGGAUGUCCAUGCUGUGUGUUUGCAGAACAAACUGAGCCAGUUGACGGUGGAGGAGAAUGGUCUCACCCUCCUCUAUGGUCUCAGUACCACAGACAACAGACUGCUGCACUUUGUGGCCCCCAACCACACAGCACAAAUGCUUCACAAGGGCCUGUCAGAGUUGGUGAAUGCAACCAGGAAAUUUAAGAAGUUUCCUGACCAAAGGCUGCAGUGGCUUAGGAGGCAGUAUGUCAGUCUGUAUCAGGAGGAUGGCAGGUACGAAGGCCCAACACUAGCCCAGGCCAUUGAGCUGUUUGGUGGGCGGAGGUGGAAUAUGGGUACAGGUGGAGUGGAGAAAUCAGCUGCCCAGAAAAACAGUCCUCUGAGUAUCAAUGAUAAGACCAAGAAGAAGAAGAAGAUUCUUGUCAGGGGAGAUAGUGGGGAUGCCACAGAUGAUGAGAUGGUUUCCAGGAAGACUCGUAGCUGUAAGGAGGGACUGUAUCGUAACGGACCAGAGUCGGACAGCAUAGACCAAGAAGAUCCAGAGGACAGCUUCCCUGGACCAUUCUCUCUCUCAUCUAAUAAGAGCCCAGGAUUGCUGGCCUCUUCCUCCUCCUCCUCCUCCUCUUCCUCCAGCAUGGUAGGGUCCAACCAGUCUCGGCCUCAAUCCUCUCCAAUCCUUUCAGGAACUUCUAAAUCACAGCCAGGGGCAUGGAGCAGCAGGUCGUGGCACGGUCGAGGUAAAUGUUGCUUCAAGGGCUUUCAGAAUCUCAUGAUUUCUGACAGCACGAUGAGCUUCAUUGAGUUCGUCGAGCUCUUCAAGUCAUUCAGUAUCCGGAGCAGAAAGGACCUGAAAGAGUUGUUUGACACCUUUGCCGUCCCCUGCAGUCGUUCAAGUCCAGAGUCAGCUCCUCUCUACACCAACCUCCGGAUAGAUGACAAGGACACGGGGCUACAACCAGACCUUGACUUACUUACCCGGAAUGGUUCCGAUCUUGGCCUGUUUAUCCGUACGAGGCAGCAGAUGUCCGACAACCAGAAGCAGAUCUCUGACGCCAUUGCAGCAGCCAGCAUUGUGACCAAUGGGACAGGAGUUGAGAACGCAUCACUAGGCGUCUUGGGACUGGCUAUCCCUCAGCUCAAUGACUUCCUAAUCAACUGUCAGAGAGAACACCUGAGUUAUGAUGAAAUUCUUAGCAUUAUACAGAAAUUUGAGCCCUCAUCAAGCAUGAGACAAAUGGGUUGGAUGUCAUUUGAAGGCUUUGCAAGGUACCUGAUGGACAAGGAGAACUUUGCGUCUCGUAAUGAGGAAUCCCAGAUGAACCCAGAGGAGCUUCAGUACCCCCUAUCCUACUACUACAUCGAGUCUUCUCAUAACACCUAUCUGACUGGACACCAGCUCAAAGGAGAGUCUUCUGUAGAGCUUUACAGUCAGGUGUUGCUGCAAGGAUGUAGGAGCGUUGAAUUGGACUGUUGGGAUGGAGAUGAUGGCAUGCCAGUUAUCUACCAUGGACACACACUCACCACCAAAAUACCCUUUAAGGAUGUGGUGGAAGCAAUCAACCGGUCUGCAUUUGUCAAUUCUGACAUGCCAGUCAUCCUGUCCAUAGAGAACCACUGCUCCCUUCCACAGCAACGCAAGAUGGCUGAGAUUUUCAAGACGGUGAUUGGGGAACGUCUUGUGACACGCUUCCUCUUUGAAAGCGACUUCAGUGACGACCCUCACUUGCCGUCGCCGCUGCAGCUGCAAGGGAGGAUCCUCCUCAAGAACAAGAAGCUCAAAGCUCACCAGGCACCAGUGGACAUCCUCAAACAGAAGGCUCACCAGCUGGCCCACCUGCAGGCCCAGGCUAGCAACGGGUCGCCGGGGGUAACUCUGCCUGGACACCAUGCCAAUGAGGAUGAGGAGGAGGAAGAAGACGAAUACGACUAUGACUAUGAGUCUUUAUCAGAUGCUGAUGUCCUCACAGCCUCUACUGCCUCAUAUGGCCUGGAAGAUAACAUCCUGGAGGACAAGCCAGAAGGGAAGAGCUCAGCGGACAAAGAAGAGCAACCUGUUGAGGAAAUUCCCAAGCGGAUGAAGAAGUCUGACAGCACUACUCAGAGCAAAGGAAAGGUGUUUGACAUGGAGCUGGGCGAGGAGUUUUACCUUCCUCAGAAUAAGAAGGAGAGUCGACAGAUCGCCCAGGAGCUGUCUGACCUUGUCAUCUACUGCCAGGCUGUGAAAUUCCCUGGCCUGUCCACACUGUCUCCGGCAGGCUCUGGCAGAGGCAAGGACCGGGGAAAGAGCAGGAAGUCCAUAUUUGGCACAGCUCCUGCUCGCUGCAGCACAACAGGGGAGGUCACGACCCAGAACCGCGCCCCUGGGAAAGGUGGCAGCGAACGACUGAGCUGGGAGGAGCAGCAGACAUCUCCUGUCCUCAAUCCCCCCACCUCACUCAGCGCCAUCAUCCGCACACCUAAGUGCUACCACAUCUCCUCUGUCAACGAGAACGCUGCCAAGCGCCUGUGCCGACGCUACUCUCAGAAGCUGAUCCAGCACACGGUGUGCCAGCUGCUCAGGACGUACCCAGCAGCCACCAGGAUAGACUCAACAAACCCAAAUCCUCUGCUUUUCUGGCUCCACGGAAUUCAGCUGGUGGCCCUCAACUAUCAGACUGAUGAUCUACCCAUGCAGUUGAACACAGCAUUGUUUGAGGCCAACGGCGGCUGUGGUUAUGUGCUGAAGCCAGUGGUGCUGUGGGACCGUAGCUGUCCGCUUUAUCGACAGUUCUGUCCGAUGGAGAGGGAUGUGGAGAAAAUGAGUCCCGCCGUCUAUUCCCUCACUAUUGUGUCUGGUCAGAACGUUUGUCCUGGCAACAGCGCUGGCAGCCCCUGCAUCGAGGUGGAUGUUCUGGGCAUGCCCAUCGACAGCUGCCACUUCCGUACCAAGCCCAUCCACCGCAAUACCCUCAACCCCAUGUGGAGCGAGCACUUUCAGUUCACUGUGCACUUUGAAGAGAUGUGCUUCCUGCGCGUCGCUGUGGUGGAGAACAACAGUUCCCAGACUACUGCUCAGAGAACUCUGCCCCUGAAGGCCCUGAAACCAGGUUACCGACAUGUCCAGUUGAGGACGCAGCAUAAUGAGUCACUUGAAGUCUCCAGUUUAUUUAUCUACAGCCGUAGAACAGAGGAAGCUCCAACAGGGGGCGUUACUCAAUCUUCCCUGUUGUUCAGUUCAGAAGAGAAACAUGCAUCCCAGCAGCACAGGGUGACAGUGCACGGAGCUCCUGGUCCUGAGCCCUUCACAGUGUUCUGCAUUACAGCACAAACCACCGCCAAACAGCUACUGGACAUUAUUGUACCAUCUGAAGGAAACCCAUCUGAGUACUUCCUAUGCGAGGAGAAGGUCCCUCUGUUGAAGGAGCGCAGCGAGGUGAAGCGCUGUGCUCAGCAUCGCCCCCUAGCACCAGAAGAGGAGGUGGUCAGACUGGUCAACAGCUGGAACACUGAGGAGGGCUAUGUGGGAAGGAUCUGCCUCAAAACAAGAGAGGAGAACUUAAAUGAGAAGAACACAGUGCUGGAGGGGGAGGAGGAGGUGACUGUGGGAGGAAGAGAAGGUGUAGGGGGAGGAGUAGAGGAUGAAAUGUUCUUCGUCCAGGUCCAUGAAGUUUCACCAGAACAGCCUCACACUGUGAUCAAGGCCCCGCGCUACAGCACCGCACAGGACAUCAUACAGCAGACUCUAUCAAAGGCCAAGUAUUCCUACAGCAUCUUAUCUAAUCCUAAUCCAUGUGACUACAUCCUGAUGGAGGAAGUGACCAAGGAAGCCGGCUCUAAGAAGUCCUCCACCGCUAAACCCCUUCAGCGGGUACUGUUGGAUCAUGAGUGUGUCUAUCAAGCGCAGAGCCGCUGGCGGGGCGCGGGAAGGUUUAUUCUUAAAUUCAAAGAGCAGGUGGUGCGGGAGGACAAAAAGAAAGUAAUUUCAUUUGCCAGCGAGUUCAAGAAGCUGACCAGCCGCAGCCGCAGCAUGACAGCUGGUGGCGGUAGCGUGGACGGUCCUGCCCAGAGUAAGGAUGAUAGAGCUGCAUGCUGUGUGGCUCUGACAGAGCUCCAGGAGUGAGGCUCACACUCUGCCUGCUGUCUGUGCAUGGAAAGGCAACAGAGGGUAUCUGUCUGCGGCUGCAGGUCUGAAGGUGUGGGUGGCAGAGGGCAGGGUGGAGGCAGGAAGGCUCUUACAGGCCUCCUCAUCCCACUCCUCCUCCUCCUCCUCCUCCUGCUCUAGGGGGCACCUCCGACCUGACCACCUCCCCACCUCUUCUCUCACCCCGCCAGCCUGGACCCUUCACCUCCUCAGGAACUGGAAGAUCCACAAAUGAAAUGUGGAGAGAGGGCAUAUGUGUCGACUACAUCUAAACUCGGGUCCCCCUAUCGAAGAGAGGCGAGGUGUUUCAGCGAGGGUCCUGCACAUCGUGGAAUUCUGGGAUAUGCUCUUCUCCAAGUCUCAAAGGAGUUGAUCCUGUCUUGUGUUAGUUGAGAACGUGGUGGACAGGCCCGAACCUCAUUCAUGGGUUAGGUGACAAGUGUUCAGCCCUUUGCUUGGUUGAAUGAUGGACAGGAGGUUCACCCAGUCAGAUUUUCUGACAGAAAAUCCCACCUGGCCUCACUUUUAGAGCAGUGAUGGUCAUGUGGGCAGGUAACUGUGGCUCCUCUUGGUUUAUUGUUUGUAGUACGGCUCUGUGGAGAGUCCAUAUUACUAGGGGCAGCUGAUUUAGUUGAAGCCAUUAGAGUUGUGAUCAGGGACUCAAAAGCAGAGUAAGUUUAAUUGUCCCAUAACCAAGAAAACACAAUAACGAGUCAAAUUGUCUGUUUUUUAUCUCCCAAAAAUGCAUCAAAAUAUAAGUGGGAGGGCUGCGCUAUGGCUGAUGGAUUGGUUAAGUUUAGUGAAACUAUUUUGAGUUGAAUAUGCCUUUUUUUAAAUCAAGGAUAAUGCAAAAAAGGUUGCACAAAAGAUUAGAUGGCCUGCAUCCUUGCAUAAGCUACAGAUUGACAUUACCAGCGUGUAGCAUGUAUUUGAUUCAAAGCAAACAACUCCCCUUUUCUGGUGUCACACAGAGAAAGCACACAGCAGAUGGCGGGAGAUCUACUAACAAAAAUUGAAAUGAGAGAUUUGUAGAAGAGUACGAAGAUUGAGGUGGCGAAACAGUAUUCUUCUCUUUCUCAGGUAUGGGCUCUUUUGGCUGAGGGCAUUGUGAAGGAGGCUGACAAGCUGGCUUGUUUGGUUUUUACUGUUCCAGUUUCACAGUACUGUAAGGGCACAUUUUGGGCAGUGCAGCUGGGCAUCACUCACCAGGAAGAAGCGACUAAGUGAGGCAUAUUCUGUAACGGAAGCAUCAGCGCUUUAGGCUAGUUCUUGGAAACUAUUGUCUCUGCCCUAAAGGUGACAAUACAUAAACAGCAUUUUAAGUUGUGUAGGGGCAACUGUGGAGAAACGUCUUAACACAGAUGUUGGUAAAGUUGCCCUUCUAAUGUUGCAACACUGCCUUUAAAUUUAGGUAAUUUUGUAGCUGUAUCUCUGAGGAUGUUUUGUGGCUUAUUUUAAUGAAGGAUUUUAGUUCUGUCAUCAUUGUCCAUAAAUAAUUUAUGAGGUGUACUGGCAUCUUACGUCGUCAGACAAAAUAAAUGAAUGAAAUGAAAUUAAAAAAUAAUCUAAAUAUUACAUGUUGCUAGACUCAAUAAAUGCGCCUUAAAUUAUUAAAUGGUAACAAUGCCAACAAGCCAUUUUACCUAAACUGACAAACUUUUCCCCUCAAUGUUACAAGGACCAGAUAAAGGUAAAUUACUGUUGUUAAUGUUAUUUGAUCACGUUAUUUGCUAUUUCCCUUUAGUUUUUAAUGGAUUUAUGAUGAUUGUAGCACUAAGAUCCUUCAGAGAAACAAGGCCUGAUCUUCUUCAAACAGCAUUUUGCACAUUUCCCCCCUUUUACUGUUAUCUUCAGUGUUUUUGUACUAAUAUCUGUUUAAUGACAGAAACUUGAUUGCAACAAGAUGGUCAAAAAUGUUUUUUU